AUGAAUAGGAUACAAUAUGGCAUUGUGAGAUUAAAUCGGAGAUUACGUAGAGUUGUGGCGAAUGGAGAGAAAUUAAUCGCCAUGUUGGAGACUUCUAAUAAUUUUGGUUCGCAAUCGCAGCCUGACGUCGACGGCAACGGCAACGAAGACGUGGACGACGACGACAAAGAAGAGGAAGAAGAAAACUUAAAAUGUGUGAUAUGUCUGAAGGCAUUGAAGGAUAAAGCUGUGAUAAAGAAGCUUCUCUGUCAUCAUCGGUUUCACACUUCUUGCAUCACCAAAUGGCUUAGACGUCGCUCCAGUUGUCCUGUUUGCCGACGCAUGGUUCUGCCGCCGGCUUCUUCUACUUUUCGUAUUAAUUAA